AUGCGAAUUCCUGAAAGUGAUAACCAAUCCAAUUUAUCCUCUUCAUAUGAUUUUGUACCAGAGGCAGGCCCGUCUUGCGUCACCUUGGCUAGUCAUUCCAAUGGAAUAAAUAAGGAGAAUGGGUGCUCUGCUCCGCUAUCAAAUGGCACUACUUCAAACGGAUCUUCAACAAUGGGGAAUGGCCUCGCCAAGCACAACUCAUCCAUUACGCGAGUGUCGCUGCCAGGCACCACCCUCUACGACGACCCAUAUCUUGAUCGUGAAGAGUUCGUGAGAUUAGUUAUUCAAAGUCUUAGAGACGUCGGGUAUAUAGAAUCUGCUGCCACUCUCGAAGCCGAGUCGGGGUACUCGUUAGAAGCACCAGAAGUGUCAGAAUUUCGGCAACAUAUCCUGCGUGGUGCCUGGUCCGAUGCAGAACAUUUGCUCAUUGAACUUGGGGUGACUGAUGCUGAAGCCCUUCUGGACGCCCGCUUUCUCAUUGGGAAACAGAAGUAUCUUGAAUUGCUUGAGGCGCGGAAAACGACCGCUGCGCUGCAGGUCCUGCGGAAUAAUCUGGCCCCGUAUAGUACCGGGUUGGACCAGGAAGAACUCCAUGCAUUAUCUAGCUUGAUGAUGUGUUCAGAUCCACAAGAUCUUCGUCGGCGCGCCUCUUGGGAUGGAGCGUCGGGAAACUCACGGCGACGACUUCUUGAAGAUCUACAACAUUAUAUACCUUCUUCGACCAUGAUUCCCCAGCGUCGUUUUUCUACGCUUCUCGCACAGUCGCGAGAAUACCAGCGACAACGCUGCCUCUACCACAACUCCCCUGUGGAUCCAUCUUCAUUCUCGCUAUUUAGUGAUCACACAUGCGACAAGGAAUCCUUCCCUCGAAUAACAACUACCAUCCUUGACGUCCAUUCAGACGAGGUGUGGAAUGUGGCCUGGAGUCACGAUGGUAAUCAUCUGGCGAGCGCAAGUAAAGACAAGACAGCUAUUAUUUGGCGCAUUGGGCUCGAGGCAGAACCAUCAUCCCGUGAUUGUACAGUAGAAUUCAUCUUACGUGAUCACCCAUAUCCUCUUGGUUGUUUGGCUUGGUCACUAGACGACUCUAUAUUAUUAACGUCUGCGGACCACCUCAUCUUGCUAUGGAACACGAAGACUGGAGUUUUGAUGAAGACGCUCGAGAAUCAUGCUGAGACGGUGUCUGCCUUGGUAUGGUUACCCGAUGGCUCAGGGUUUAUGUCUGGCAGCCUCGAUCGCAAGAUCAUAUUAUGGGAUAUGGAGGGCGAACCACGGGAAUCAUGGAAUGAUAUAGCCAUACGUGUCACUGAUGCUGCAGUGACUCCUGACAUGAGACGCUUGGUCGCUGUUGGGAUGGGAUACAACCCUCCCCCAACGUUGGGAACACUGACUCGUGCCAACAUCAGAGACGCAUCGCCGUCCCUUGUAUCUAAUGGCAACGGUAAUGCAGCGGGGCCGCGUCCGCCGGAGAAUCGAUUGAUUAUCUACGAUCUCAAGACGGGACAGAUUGAGCUAUCUUUGCACAUGGAGGGUGAACUUACUAGCGUGAAGAUCUCUGAAGAUUCCCGGUAUGCGUUAAUUAAUCACGCUCCAGAUGAAAUACAUCUGUGGGACCUGGAAGAGUUCAGGCUUGCCCGCAAGUUCACUGGGCAACGACAGGGUCACCAUGUCAUCCGCAGUUGCUUUGGUGGUAUCGAUGGCAACUUUGUCAUCAGUGGAAGUGAAGAUCGCAAUGUCUAUGUUUGGCAUCGCGACACAGGAACACUUCUAGAGGUACUGGAUGGUCAUGGCUUGGGAAGCGUGAAUUCCGUAGCCUGGAACCCCCGCAAUAAACGCAUGUUUGCAUCGUGUUCGGACGACAACACGAUACGUGUGUGGGAGUCACCUGUUUCCGCGGGUGAACUGCUUCGAGGCUUUAACAUCUCUGCAUUCGAGCCAGAGAUGAUUGGGAAGGGGAAGGGCAAAGUAAGGCAACCUUGGGUCCAUAACCAUGGAGGGUUAUAG